AUGGGCUCAUGUACUUCAAAGGACCCAGGUUCUAAAGAACCAACAACAAAGCAUCAUCGUAAGCCGACCCAAGUGAAACGACAGGAGCAAACACAAGCACUACAGAAUCAACAAGAGAAUAUACAACAACAACAACAAUCUCGACCUCAGCGUGGGAACAUCACCUCUUCAAAACAACAACAACAACAACAACAACAAUCAAGUGGCUCAUCUACAGAAAAUGAACAAUCAAACUCAUCAACGCUAUAUAAGAAUCAUAUAGCUACAAAUGACAAACAAACAUCACCAUCGAAUCUACAACAACAACAGCAUCAUUGUCAUUACCAAAACGAAAGCAGCAAUGGCACUGUUGCCACUGUUGGUACAACCUCGACAUUUGUAUCACAGAAUCCAGUAGACGCAGCAGCGAAAUCAAACCCGCACCACGAAGUAAAAGUGUUGUUACUUGGUUCAGGAGAAAGCGGAAAAUCCACCAUUGUAAAGCAAAUGAAAAUAUUGCAUCAAAAUGGAUAUACUCAAGAGGAACUAUACGAGUAUAGACCAUUUGUAUUUAAAAAUGUCAUCGAUUGCAUAAAGAAUGUCAUAAAUGCAAUUAUCGAUCUAGAACCAGAUUUGAUCAAACCAAAGUCUACUAUAACGAGUUUAAAUGAGUUGAAUAAUGGUACAGAAUUGCAAGAACUGACAACUACAGGAACACCACCACCAGCAACAGCAGAAUCAACUAUACCUACAACACCAACGGCAACAGUGCCUGCAGCAGCAGCAACAACAACAACAACAACAACAACAACAGCAGCAGCAGCAGCAGCAGCAAAUGCUACUACUACUGCCAAAAACAAACAUGUGCUAGACUACGAUUCCCUAAAUGAAAUACUAGAUUACGAAAUCUUACUAGAUGGAUCCAACGAUGCAACAUUUGAUCCUUCAAUAGCUGAGAAAAUUGAAGAAGUUUACAAUAAACCAGAAGUUAAAGAUUUUAUGAUUCAUAAACAAGGAGACUUUUAUCUAAUUGAUUCAACGGAUUAUUUCCUUUCAAAUGUGUCUAGAAUCACCCAGCCAGAAUAUAUACCUUCAACAACUGAUAUAUUACGUACUAGAAAGAAAACAAGCGGUAUAUUUGAUUUCGAGUUUGAUAUGGGCAGAGGAUUGAAUAUCCAUAUGUAUGACGUUGGUGGACAAAGAUCAGAACGAAAAAAAUGGAUCCAUUGCUUUGAUAAUGUCACACUCAUUAUAUUUUGCGUGGCUUUGAGUGAAUACGAUCAAGUAUUACUUGAAGAGAAUAAUCAAAACCGAUUAGAAGAAAGUUUAGCGUUGUUUGAUUCAGUAGUCAAUUCCCGUUGGUUUGCAAGAACAAGCAUUGUUUUAUUUCUCAAUAAAAUUGAUGUAUUUGCGGAAAAAUUGCAAUACCUGCCCUUAGAAAGUCAUUUCCCUGAUUAUACUGGUGGUAAUAAUAUUAAUAAGGCGGCAAAAUAUAUUUUGUGGAGAUUCAAUCAAGUUAACAGAUCAGGAUUGAAUAUCUACCCUCAUGUGACUCAAGCUACCGAUACCUCAAAUAUACAAUUGGUAAUGGCUGCUGUGCAAGAGACAAUUUUAGAAAAUUCUUUGAAAGAUACAGGAUUGAUUUGA